GUACACAUAUUAGCAUCUAUCACCCAGACUUUCUCUUCCCUAUCUUCCCCAACAGCCGAUCCCUACAGCUGCAUAGCAUGCCAAACGGAUGAGUGGGCCAGGAAUGGCAGUACAUCAUGCACUAAGCGCACUAUAGAGUAUCUGCAUUCCGAUGCUCCGUUGGUCAUUUUUCUGAUGUUCCAGGCCAGCUCCAUCAUCGUCAUCUCAAUUGCCAUCUUGGUUCUGUUCCUUUGUAAGAAGGACACCCCUGUGGUGAAGUCAGCCGGUGGGAGGCUCUGCUUCAUCAUGUUGUGUUGCUUGUCCAUGUCCUCCAUCAGCGUCUUUCUCUACAUCGGCAAACCCACGGAGGCCAUCUGCACCUUACGCAAUUCUGUGUUUAUAGUCUUCUAUGUCGCCUGCCUGUCCUGUCUCGCUGUUCGCUCCUUCCAGAUUGUCUGUAUCUUCAAAAUGGCUGCCAAACUACCCAAAGCAUAUGAUUUCUGGGUCAAGCAUGGUGGACAGUGGAUCACUAUUAUCACAACCACUGUCAUAAUGCUGUUUCUGUGCACUUUGUGGAUAGCCAUGGAAGGACCCAGGCCCAAUCAGAUAACAUUGUAUAGCGAGGUCAUUUUGGAUUGCACAUAUGGAGUCCUCCCCAUCUUUUAUUUGAUAGUACUGUUUGCAGGUUUGCUGGGUAUUGCAUGCUUUAGCUUUGCCUACAUGGGAACUGACCUGCCCAAAAACUACAACGAGGGUAAAUCCAUCACUUUCAGCUUGCUUAUCUUCUUCAUCUCUUGGGUCAUCUCUCUGACGGUGCACCUGUCUACCAAAGGAAAGCACACACUCUCCGUCAAUCCUUUCUCUGUGUUGUGCAGUCUGUAUGGUAUUCUCUUUGGUUACUUCUUCCCUAAAUGCUAUAUCAUUAUCGUUACACCUGAGCGUAAUACAGCAGCCUAUUUUCAAACCGCAAUCCAGAGUUACACACUUCAACCUAGAUAAUGUACAGAUGUUGAUAAUGUCAUAUGACCUGUGUUGUGUGGCACUAGAACUGCCUCUACUGUGUUUUGUUUCUUUUCAGUCUAUCUAUAUUUUGUAAUCCCAUACUGUUUUCCUCCUUAAAAGCAUUUAAAAUUGUUUUCCCAUUAAUACAACACUUUCUAAAUUAUUUUUUUGUGUCCAAUCAGAAAACAGUAGGUUAAAAGCAAGUAACAGCGUGUAUCAAGUGCAUUUAUUAUCCAAAAUCCUUUCAAAGUUCACACUUUUAAUCUACAAGAGUACUAAAAUACUCUGAAUUGUAGCAGGGAUUCACCAUAUUAAAAUAGGAUGAACAUAAUGACUGAAAUAUGUAUUUUGAAAUAUUAUGGUGUGCUCAAUGAAGUGCUUAAAAUAAGCUGUUGAAGUUUGACAAGGCUGUACAACAAGCUGGUGGUAAACUAACAGCAACAUGCCUGUAAUUGUUUUCUCAUCUUGUUUGGACAUUCUUUACAUGAAGUUAGAGCUGCGUACAGAGGCUAAGUAACACAAAGUCCAACAAUAACUGAGGAUAAA